AUGUCUUUUUUCUCUUAUGAUGCUGAUCCUUUGAGGUGUCUUCAGUGGCUAGAACAGAACAAUGGAUCUCUUACUCAACUUGGCCAGCAACUUAAGAUAGAGCUAAAAUGGCUUAAAAUAUUUCUUCAUUGGUCAAGAAAAUGCAACUCCUCUUAUCAGGAUUUGAAAGAUCUCUUCAAAGGUGUGGAAGCUGAAGUUCACUAUGCAAGAAAUGAACUUCACUCUCUAUGUUAUCGUGUUUCUCCUCCGAUUAACGAGAGUUUGGGAUCUGUUAUUUUCGAUAUAAUAUCAAGAAUUGAACCUUUUAAACUGCAAGUCAAAGAAGCUUUUAUGUCUGUUUCACAAUGCUUACUACAACCUGAAGAUGAUCUUUCCCUGGAGUUCAUUGAUUCUGUUGUGGAAUUUCUUGAGGAUCUGUUGUGUUAUUAUGAUGACAAACUUAUUGUUCCAGAGGUGAAGGAACAGAUGGAAUCUCUUCAAUACAAGCUAAGAUUUUCGAGAGAUUUUCUGCGAUUGACCCAAAAAGAGUGCACUGAUUUAGAGAAAUGGAAAUCUCUCCUGAUGCAUAUUGAAAACUUAGCUGCAAAAACUGCAGGUGUUUCUUUACUAGAUGAAGAUUUGGAUAAAGAAAGAUCACUAAGCAUGAAGCUUGAGGUUUAUGAUCUUUCUCGAGAUGCAAUCCCUAUUAAGCAAGAACUUGCAGGGGUUUAUACUGUUCUCUUGAAAGGACUUAUGACUCAGAAACCACGGACUUGCUCUAUGGAUGAAUUUGUGGUGGGAUUUGUUGACUUCCUCUUGAAGAAUAUAGUUGAAGUACAAAAAGAGUGUGAGGUAGGUGGACUCGAAACACUUCAUGAAGAGUUAAGACUCCUGGUUUAUUUCCUAUCAGAUCCACCAAAGGAGUAUGUGGAAGAAGAGAAGGUGAAUGAGUACUUGAUUCAAAUCGAAGCUGCAAUCCACGAGGUAGCAUCUGCUAGUUACACUUUUGAUAUCAAAGAAACAAACGAUGAUUUGCUGAGGAAAAUUGAGUUUAUCGCAAGAGAAGUUAAAGAGUUUUAUCAAAGGGUUCCAAGGUCCUCAAGGUAUGCAUCUCCUAGGACUAAUGGAUUAGGCUUCAUUGAUCUUCUCUUAGGAAAUUUGAAUGAGCUGCUUACUGUAAAGACUGACUUGAUUGCACCUGUAAAGCACCAAAUUGAAGCAAUCAGCAGAGAUCUAGAGAUCAUGAGAUCUUUUCUUGUUGAUUUUUCAAAUGACGAAUAUGAGCAAGAAAAGUUGAAGGAUCUUACUGAUCGUGUUAUCGAUGUGGCCUACAAAUCAGAGUAUGUAAUUGACUCAUUCAUGGUAAAGAGUGGACCUCUCUGGAGAUACAUGUUAUCAGAUUUAGAAAAAGAUAUUAAGCUUGUUAAGCUUGAGAUUGCCAAUACUUGUGCCACGGAACUGUUCAAGGAAUCAACACCUGUUGUCAUAGCCAGUUCAAAUCAAGAUAUUGUAGCAAUGGAGGAAGUUGUUGGCUUUAAGGAUGAGGCUUGGGAGAUAAUAGGGCGGCUUACAAGGGGACCUGUGCAGCUAGACACAGUCUCAAUAGUCGGUAUGCCAGGUCUUGGUAAGACUACUUUAGCCAAAAUGAUCUAUAAUGACAACUAUGUUGCCAACUACUUCUAUAUUCGUGCAUGGUGUUGCAUCUCGCAAACAUAUAACCGGAGACAGUUGUUGCUUGUUAUAUUAAGUCAAGUUACUAAGAUUUCCAAUCGUGUAACAGACACUAUGAGCGAUGGAGAUUUAGCUGACAAGCUGCGUAAGUGUUUGAUCAGAAAGAGAUACCUCAUUGUCAUAGAUGAUAUAUGGACAAUCGAGGCGUGGGAUGACUUGAGUGGAUGUUUUCCAGAUGAUGACUAUGGAAGUAGAAUUCUCUUCACAAGUAGACUCCAAGACGUGGCUUCACAAGUUAAUUGCGAUGGCGUUCAUCUCCUUCGAUUCCUCUCAAAAGAAGAAUGUUGGGAAUUGCUCCAGUUGAAGAUAUUCCCAAAAGAAAGUUGUCCUUUGGAAGAACUAAUUGAAAUUGGAUACAUAAUUGCAGAAAAGUGUCAAGGCCUUCCUCUUUUUGUUGUUCUAGUUGCUGGACUUCUAUCAAAGAUAGAAAGAUCUAGAGAUUGUUGGGAAAAGUUUGAGGUAAAUUUGAGUUCAAAACAGUUGAUGGACAUAGUAGAUAUGAGCUAUCAGAAUUUACCACAUCAUUUGAAACCUUGUUUCCUCUACUUGGGAGUGUUUCUGGAGGACAAGAAAAUUUCUGCUUCGCAAUUGAAAUGGCUGUGGAUUGCAGAAGGGCUUGUCCAAAAAUCGCUAACAGAGAGCUUAGAAGAUGUUGCUGAGCAUUACUUAAUGGAGCUUGUCAGUAGAAGUCUAGUGUUAGUUUCUGAAAGACGACUUACCAGAGGUAUCAAAGCAUGUCGUGUCCAUGAUCUCCUACGCGACUUCUGCUUGGAAAAAUCCAAAGAAGAGAACUUUCUUGAGUGGAUAUAUGAGUUGCAUGGAUCCCAUGAUAUUCAGAUUUAUGGUCAAGAUUGGGGUGCUGAUCCUCAUCAUCCUUUUUCCUCAGACCUCAAAUCAUAUCAUCAGAGGCGGCUUUGUGUUUACACCAAACGAAACAAGUUCAUCCUCUCAAAGCCUUCCGGUCCUAGUGUUCGCUCUCUACUGUUUUAUGCUACCUUUGAUGAUUAUCCACAAUGUGCCUAUGAUGUCUCAUUCAUUUUUCAUAAUUUCAGAUUACUUAAGGUGUUGGAUUUGAGGAGCAUCAACUUAGGUUCUUCUUUCCAACGCGUUCUGUUUUCGCUUGUUCAACUAAAAUACUUGGCAGUACAAGGUGCCUUUGAUCUUAUUCCUACACCAGAAGGUCAAUUUUGCAACCUUGAAACUUUUCUUGUAAAAGGUUUAAGGGGAGAGAUUCGGAUACCAGUGACUCUAUGGAAUAUGACAAGUCUGAGACAUUUGCAUAUCAAUGAUCGGGCUUCUUUCUAUUGGCCUAAUGGUGAUGAGGAAUUUUUUGAAGAAUUCACUCAUAUGGACAAUUUACUAAGCUUUUCUACUCCUGUUCUUGACAAUGCACCAUCCAUGGAAAAUCUACUGAGGAGAUCAGCCAAUUUGCGAAAACUUAGUUGCAUAUUUAGAGAGCCUUGGCAAUUUCCUUCACUAGACUUCCUCAAUCAACUUGAAUCACUCAAGGUGUUUUAUUAUGGGGGUAUGUUCCAAAGCUCAAGUUCAUUCAACUUCCCUACGAACCUCAAGAAGCUAACACUGUCAAAAUUUCGAAGACCAUGGAAUGAGAUUUCGACUAUUGGGAGCCUACCAAACCUCGAGGUACUGAACCUACUAUUUAGAGCUUAUGAAGGCGAAGAAUGGGAGGUAAGAGAUGAUGAAUUCGAGAAACUCAAGUUCUUAAAAAUGGACAGCCUUAACAUUGCACGGUGGUCAACCUCAGACGAUCCCUUUCCUCAUCUCGAGAGGCUACUGUUGCAAAGCUGCAAGAACCUUGAGGAAAUUCCUUCAUGUUUUGGAGAUAUUCCUACAUUGCAGAUGAUCGAGGUGAUGUUGUGCAGCAAAGCAGCCACAAGUUCAGCUUGGCAAAUUCAGGAAGAACAAAGUGAUAUGGGAAAUGAACUGCUCAAUGUCCUAAUCACUCAUCCAGAGUGGAGUUCUGGUGCUUUUUCUGAAGAGACAUAUAGAGAAGAUUAG